UUCUCAUUCCGGUAGCUAAUCCCUUUAAUUGAUCACAAUGAGUCUUCCGUCGAACCUGGCUCCCAGUGCGGCUAGCCCGGACUGGAUGAACAAAGGUGACAAUGCAUGGCAGCUCACAGCAGCAACUCUAGUGGGAAUUCAGAGUGUUCCAGGGCUAGUCAUUCUGUAUGGCAGCAUUGUGAAGAAGAAAUGGGCUGUGAACUCUGCAUUCAUGGCGCUUUACGCCUUUGCUGCGGUGCUUGUUUGUUGGGUAGGGUGGGGGUACCAGUUGUCAUUUGGGAAUAAGAAGAUGUUUCCUUUUAUGGGGAGGCCUGAUGUGGCAUUGGACCAGAAGUUUUUGUUAGAGCAGGCUUUUGCUGGGAUGCUUCCGAAUGCUACAAUGGUGUUUUUUCAGUUUGUUUUCGCGGCCAUAACGCUGAUUUUGAUAGCAGGGGCGUUGCUAGGGAGGAUGAACUUUGUAGCAUGGAUGUUAUUUGUUCCACUUUGGUUAACAUUUUCGUAUACAAUUGGUGCUUAUAGUAUAUGGUCUCCUUGGGGAUGGUUGUCCACUAGGGGCAUUAUUGAUUAUUCAGGUGGCUAUGUGAUUCAUCUUUCUUCUGGUGUAGCCGGUUUCACCGCAGCAUUUUGGGUUGGUCCAAGGGCAACCAAGGACAGGGAGAGGUUUCCUCCAAACAACAUACUCCUGAUGCUCGCAGGAGCAGGUUUACUUUGGAUGGGGUGGAGUGGAUUCAAUGGUGGAGAUCCUUAUGUUGCCAGCACUGAUGCAUCUCUGGCCGUCCUUAACACACACGUGUGCGCUGCCACCAGCUUGCUCACUUGGCUCAUGCUAGACAUUAUUUUCUUCGAAAAGCCAUCUGUCAUCGGUGCCACACAGGGCAUGAUCACAGGCUUAGUUUGCAUCACUCCAGCCGCUGGUGUGGUACAAGGUUGGGCAGCAAUUACAAUGGGAUUGUUAUCAGGAAGUAUUCCAUGGUACACAAUGAUGGUCCUUCACAAAAAAGUAUGGUUCUUGAAACAAGUUGAUGACACAAUGGCAGUGUUCCACACUCAUGCAGUUGCUGGAAGCCUAGGGGGCAUCCUCACCGGCUUCUUCGCGGACCCAACGCUUAACCGAAUGUUCUACAACCUUCCUAAGGAGUCAGAUGCUUGGAAGAAAUACAUAGGACUUGCCUAUGGACUUCACAAUGGGAGGACUACAGCAGGCUUUAGACAAAUGGGAAUUCAACUACUUGGAAUUUUUUUUGUGGUCUGUUUAAACCUUGUGACAACCAGCAUUAUUUGCUUGUUAAUCAGGCUUAUUGUUCCAUUAAGAUUAAGUGAUGAGGAAUUAGAGAAUGGAGAUGAUGCCAUACAUGGGGAAGAGGCCUAUGCACUCUGGGGUGAUGGUGAAAAAUAUGAGAACUCAAAGCACAACUCUGUGUAUGGUAUGGAGGAGAUCAAUACUACAAGAGCCCAAGUUUGAGAACUUUGAUUGUGGGCUUGUGUUUAUGAAAAUUUGGGCAGGCCCAUGAUUGUUUAAGGUUUUAUUUCAUCGACAGAAACUUUGUUUUGAGGUAGGGUUUGAUGUUGAAAUAAAUAUUAUUUAUGACAUAAUUUUGUUUUGCCCUUAAUAAAAUUUUAAGCUAAUGUGAAACAUUAUUUCCGUCA